AUGGGGACGGCCAAUGUCAAAAGACGGCUGGACCUACCCCAGCCAGCAUCACACAACAACCCCUCUGCUCCAUCUGCCGAUCCAAGCUGGAUGCCCAAGACGCCAAACGCGCAUGCCGCGUCACGGAACAUGUUUCCCAUUGCCAUGACCAUCCAUCUGUCUGCGUCUGGACCACGACAAGUUCAGACGGUGCCAACGGCUUCUCCGCGCGCCAUGUGGCAGCUUAUUGCAACUGCUCCUACACCAAAGACGCCAAUUGCUCAACAAGCUCAACGGCACGUUACAAUGAAGCAUACACAAAAAGCUAAGGAAAAGCUUGCUACACUCAAGUACCUGUAG